AUGUUUAAAAAAAGGACUGUUAAACACCAAAAUGGAACGAAACCUGACAAAAGAAUACUAUUAACGCCUGAUAGUGAUGAGCAAAAACAGCAGCAGCAACUGAUCCCGGCAGAAGAAACUGAGAACGAAACCAUUUGGUCUGUUAAAAAAAGAAGGAAGCUUACAAAUCCCAUUAAAACCUCCUUAAAAAAAGAAGAUUUAAAGGAGUCGGAAAAGAAAGCUAAAGAAGUACAUGUCGAACAAUUAAAUAAUAAUAUCAAAGAGAUUCGUGUUACCAAUAAUAAACGUUUACCCACUAUUAAAGAUAAAAUAUUGGUUGAUUAUCAACCGGAUGUAUGCAAAGAUUUUAAAGAAACCGGGUUUUGUGGGUAUGGCGACAGUUGUAAAUUUCUGCACUCAAGGGAUGAUUAUAUUAAGGGCCUAGGGAACGCUACUUUUACAACUACUAAAUGGAAUUCAGAUAUUAUGACACAUAAAAAAAUUAAAAAUAUUGAUGAUAAAAGUAUAGAUCAAAAGGAUAUCGUCCCCUUUAAAUGUAUUAUAUGUAAACAAAAGUACGAGUCCCCGAUUGAGACCAAUUGUGGACAUUCCUUUUGCAAAAAAUGUUUUUUGAAUACAAUCCAAGGUAAUGACAACCAAAAAUGUUUAAUUUGUGGUAAAGACACACAAGGAAUAAUGAAACCAUUGAGGAAAGGGCAUGUAUUUAAAAAGAUCCCAAAAUGUUGA